GGAAGCGAGCAGUGGAGCGGCGGGCGCGCGGUUGGGCGUCUCCAGCAAAGGCACCAACGGUCGCCCCUAACUGUCGUGGUGGUGGUGGUGGCGCGCGCUGCCCGGCGGCGCCCGGUGCAGUUAUCGUGAGUGCGGGAGGGAGGUCGAGCGAGCGAGCGAGCUGCCCGGUCGGUUGUGGUGCCGAGUCUGGGUCAUUGUUCUGUGUGUGCAUGAGUUGCCUUUGACCCCGUUGCUCGGCCAUUCCCAUGGUAUGAAAAUGGUGGAGCCGGUGGGAUUCGCGGAGGCCUGGAAGGCGCAGUUUCCCGAGUCCGAGCCGCCCAAAAUGGAACUGAGGAGUGUUGACGACAUCGAGCAGGAGCUGGAGAGUUGCAAGUGUAGCAUUCGGAAGCUGGAGUUGGAGGUAAACAAGGAACGGUUCCGCAUGAUCUACUUGCAGACAUUGCUGGCCAAGGAGAAGAAGAGCUAUGACAAGCAAAGAUGGGGCUUCAGGAAGUCUUCGGUGUCUGUGGAACAAGUGGACACAGAUCAACCGCAGGAAGCUGCCUCGGGAGAAGGGGAGGAGAGGGAAAGAACCAAGUAUCUUCCUGCGGAGGAUCAUUCGAAGAGGCACUCCGCGAGUGAAGAGUGGCAGGUGGAUGCUCGGGAUGAAGUCGAAAGCUCACCAGCCAGGCAGAGGGCAUCUUCAUUGAGGAAGGCAGUGGCAGUGCCAGACAGGGAUGCCCUGCGUGGUUUCAGCCAGGAUUGUGAACAGAUGGACAGGAAGGACAAAGCCACAGUUGGCACAAAUGUAGCUGCAUUGAGGUCCAAUUUUGAAAGGAUCAAAAGAACCAAUUCCCACUCCUCUGGAGAUGGGAAAGGUAUCGAAAAGCCUCUGUAUGUCAAUGUGGAAUAUCACCAUGAGAAAGGAUUGGUGAAAGUCAAUGACAAGGAGGUAUCUGACAAGAUUAGUACAAUUGGCAGCCAGGCCAUGCAGAUGGAGCGGAAUAAGUCAUUGCAUUUUUUGCCAGUCACUGCAGAAACAGCAGAGUAUCAUAUGCCUGUUUACAGAGGGAGGUCCACAGAAAGCAGCUGUGGCUAUGACCCAGAAUAUGAUGAUGUGGAUCUUAAUCCAAGGUUCUUGAAGGAUAAUCUUAUUCAUACCACUGCCAAUGGAGGCAAACCAGACAAGAUACCAUGGCAGCAAGAAUUUCAACCGUAUGAAAGUGUUUUUAUUGGUGGAGUGCUGCGUGAUAAUGAUGGUAAACCAUGUAGUGACUUGCGAGACGCUGGGAAACUCCAAGGUACAACAGAUCACGAGAAACAUAUAACGUGGCCUCGUAGGUCUUAUUCACCUGGAAGUGCCGACGAUGUUGGUGGAGGGUAUACUCCAGAUUGUAGUUCUAAUGAAAAUUUAACUUCAAGUGAGGAUGACUUUUCUUCUGGUCAAUCAAGCCACGUUUCCCCCAGCCCCACCAGCUAUCAUAUUUUCAGAGAAAAAAGUCGGUCUCCCUCUCAAAAUUCUCAGCAGUCAUUUGAUAGUAGUAGUCCACCCACACCACAGUCACAAAAAAGACACAAGCACCACGUUACCGUACAAGAAGCAACGAUAGUUGGUCUCCGGAAGCCGGGACAGAUUUGGGCAACUGAAGCUGACCUUGCCCGUCGGAAUACUGCAGUGGAUGGUUUUCACGGAGAUCCAGAAACAAUCUACACCAAUAUGCCACCAACCUAUUCCUAUGAUGCGGAUCGGAUUGGGGAAGAUCCGACCAGGAACCGGGAAACCAUGCCCUACAUAGAUGAUUCACCUUCCUCAUCACCGCAGCUCAGUUCGAAAAGUCGAGGCAGCAGGGACACCGUAUCAUCUGGAUCUAUGGAGUCCAGUAAAUCAAGUGAACCUGAUUUGGAAAAAGGGUUGGAGAUGCGAAAAUGGGUUCUUUCUGGAAUCCUAGCCAACGAGGAAACUUACUUGAAUCACUUGAAGGCUCUUUUAUUGCCUAUGAAGCCUCUUAAAGCAGCUGCCACUACAUCUCAACCCGUUCUCACCAACCAACAAAUAGAGACCAUCUUCUUCAAGGUUCCUGAGCUUUAUGAAAUACACAAGGAAUUCUAUGAUGGCCUGUUACCCAGGGUUCAGCAAUGGAGUCACCAUCAAUGUGUUGGAGAUCUUUUUCAAAAACUGGCCAGCCAGCUUGGCGUGUAUCGAGCUUUUGUCGAUAACUACGAAGUCGCCGUAGAGACAGCAGAAAAAUGCUGUCAAGCUAACACACAAUUUUCUGAAAUAUCAGAGAAUUUAAAGAUCAGGAAUACAAAAGACGUAAAAGAUCAGAACACAAAGAACUCUCUCGAAGCUCUUCUAUAUAAGCCUGUUGACCGUGUCACCCGAAGCACACUUGUUCUCCAUGAUCUAUUAAAACACACUCCAGUCAAUCAUCUCGAUCAUCCUUUGCUACAAGACGCUCUCCGUAUUUCACAAAACUUCCUGUCCAGCAUUAACGAGGAGAUCACUCCCAGGAGACAAUCUAUGACUGUAAAGAAAGGAGAGCACCGACAACUCAUAAAGGACGGCUUCCUGGUUGAACUUGUGGAGGGUGCAAGGAAAAUUCGACAUGUUUUUCUCUUCAGUGAUCUCUUCCUUUGUGCAAAAAUGAAGAAACAAAUCGCAGGGAAGAGCCAGCAAUAUGAUUGUAAAUGGUACAUUCCUCUCGCCGAUCUGAGUUUUCAAAAUCUAGAUGAAACAGACUCUUCAUACAUUCCAUUGGUACCAGAUGAAGAAUUGGACACUAUGAAAAUAAAGAUCUCCCAGAUCAAGAACGAGAUUCAAAGAGAAAAGAGAGCAAACAAGGGCAGCAAAGUCAUUGAACGACUGAAAAAGAAACUAUCAGAACAAGAAUCAUUGUUGUUGCUAAUGUCUCCGAGCAUGGCCUUCAGAGUGCAUAACAGGCAUGGCAAAAGUUAUAUAUUCCUGAUAUCAUCAGAUUAUGAAAGAGCUGAAUGGAGAGAAAUCAUCCGAGAACAACAAAAAAAAUGCUUUAAGAGCUUUUCUCUGACUACUGUUGAGCUACAAAUGCUCACAAAUUCAUGUGUAAAGCUGCAAACUGUCCAUAACAUUCCAUUAACAAUCAAUAAAGAAGAUGAUGAAUCUCCUGGCCUCUAUGGGUUUCUGAAUGUAAUUGUUCACUCAGCCACUGGAUUCAAACAAAUUUCAAAUUUAUACUGUACUUUAGAAGUAGAUUCAUUUGGUUACUUUGUUAACAAAGCAAAGACAAGAGUCUACAGAGACACACUAGAACCAAACUGGAAUGAGGAAUUUGAGAUAGAAUUAGAAGGCUCUCAGACUCUAAGAAUUCUGAGUUAUGAAAAAUGCUACAACAAAACCAAGUUCCCCAAAGAAGAUGCAGAAAUUACAGAUAAUAUCAUGGGGAAAGGACAGAUUCAGCUAGAACCACAAGCAUUGCAAGAUAAGGACUGGCAGAGAACUGUCAUAGGAAUGAACGGAAUUGAGGUGAAGCUAUCAAUGAAAUUCACUAGUCGUGAGUUCAGCUUGAAACGUUUUCCGUCCCGUAAGCAGACGGGGGUCUUUGGUGUGAGCAUUGCAGUAGUUACCAAGCGAGAAAGGUCAAAGGUACCUUACAUUGUACGACAAUGUGUGGAAGAGAUUGAAAGGCGUGGAUUGGAGGAAAUUGGAAUCUAUCGAGUAUCAGGAGUUGCCACAGACAUUCAAACCCUCAAAGCUUCCUUUGAUACUAACAAUAAAGACGUCUCUGUGAUGAUGAGUGAAAUGGAUGUGAAUGCCAUCGCAGGAACAUUAAAACUUUAUUUCCGAGAGCUGCCAGCUCCUCUUUUCACAGAUGAGUUGUACCCUAACUUUGCUGAAGGAAUUGCGUUGUCUGAUCCGGUUGCUAAAGAAAGCUGUAUGCUCAACCUCCUACUUUCUCUGCCAGAACCCAAUUUCACCACUUUCUCAUUCCUGUUGGAUCAUUUGAAGAGGGUGGCAGAGAAGGAACAGAUCAACAAGAUGUCUUUGCAUAACUUGGCCACUGUUUUCGGACCCACUCUGUUGAGGCCCUCGGAUAAAGACAGCAAAAUACCCACCAAUCCAACCCAGGCAAUCACAAUGGCAGACAGCUGGUCAUUGGAGGUGAUGUCACAGGUGCAAGUACUGCUCUACUUUCUGCAGCUAGAAACCAUUCCUACUCCAGACAGCAAACGACAGAGCAUCCUCUUUUCAACUGAAGUGUAAGAGGUAUUGGCCAAGUGCAAUUGCAGCAGAAAGCCAUUAACACAACAAAAUAGUGCUCACCUCCAUCACACAUUCAAUGUGAUAUCCAAUCAUUGUUCCUUGUGCUGAUUGAUCUACCGUCUUUGCUCUGUGUUUUACGGCAAACCUGAAUAUGGAAAGCAUGAGUACAGUUUAUUUAUGAACCUAUUACAAGCUGAGGUAUUCAUUUUCAUUAGGCAGUUAAAGGCACUCCUUAUGCUAUAAGGAUCUAUAAUGAGGUAUACAAGAAUGAAGGAGAUGGAAAAUCUAAAGGUUUUUUGUUAAUUAUAUGCCCCUUUAUGAAUAGGGACACAAUCACCGUUUCCUGUUCAGUUUGCGACCUGAAAUUAACAAAUGUGGAUGGGACGCAACCAUAUUUAAGUUGUGGGCAGACCAUUUCUACGGAGAAGCUCCUCGGACAAAUAUGCUGCCCGAGUUGUAUCAGUGCAUUAACUAACUCAAGCAUUCAGUUGUAAAAGUUUGAUCAUUUGUUUUAUGAAUGCUCUUGAAAGCCAGAAGUGUAAUUCAUGUAUUUUAUGUUCUCUAAUCUAUUGAGGGCAGCAUACAGGUUUAAAUAACGGCAGAGCAUACAGCACAGUGCCAACAGUUGUGCUUCCCUUUGUGCAGUUGGUUGUUGUUGGAAAGCAACUUUCUUCUACCAACAGCACCAAUUUCUUGCCAUAUUAAAACAUUCCAGUCCUGUAUCAGUGGUGACAGUGGAACUGUCAGAUUGUCAUAAAAACUCAUCUGGUUCAUUAGUGAACUUCAAGGAAGGGGAUUUGGCCUUCAUAUGACUCCAAUCUCACACCAGCUGGGCUGAUCUCUGCAAUGGCCUAGCAGGCCAUUCAGUUUUAAUAUACUGUUAUUGUUUAGGUUCAAGAAGAUGGCUCACUACCACCAAGGGUAAUUAGAAAUAGGCAGUAAAUACUAGUUUUGCGCUCAUAAUAAAAGAAAAAGAGUUAACAUGCAGGCAUGUUAAAUACAUUUAGAUACUUAAAUUCCUGCUAUUCAUUUCUGUUAUGUUUUUUCUUGAAGCUGGCUUUAUCAGAGUUUCUGAUGAGUGAAACUUGUUCGCAGAUAGGACUGUGGAGUUGAUAUUUUCCUACCAAGUAAUCAAUCUGUAAAGAUGAAAAUCUGAAAAACAAUACUCCUAACCAUUCCAGUCACUGAUGUUAAAUCUGAAGUACCUGAUUCAGGAGAUAUUUCAGAAAAUUGAAAUAUGUUAUCUUCAUAGAUGCACAAUAAACAUUUGCCACAUGCCCUCUGAUAGCCACACAUUUCUGAUUGAGAUGCAUGGCCUUUCAAAUACCAAUCUCCUUUUCCACUUUACAAACUGACAUUGUUUCAAGUUAAAGGGUCCGCAUUAUUUCAACCACCAGAUGGCAAUUGACUGAGAAGAUGCAAGACAUUUGCUGUGAAGAAACAAAGAGAUUACCAUUUUACAGUAGCUGUUUAUGAAAAUUGUUGUCAAUUCUUGCUGGUGUUCAAUUCCACAGUCCACCAACCAUCUGAGAUCAGCUCCCUGGUGCAACUUCUCAUGGACGACUAAUUUAUUUGCACAGAUUUUAAUUCUCACGGGAGUUUAAUUCUCCCCCCCCCCCCCCCCAAAAAAAAAACACACACACAAACAGAACUGAUUUGGUGGGGUCAAUUCUACAGACACAUUCCUUCACUGGGGUUUUUCCAUGUAAUUUUGUUUCUCUUUCCACAGAUGUUACUGAACCCUGUUGAGUAUUUCCAGGGUUUCUUUAUGUCAGUAAAAGUUUGUUCUAGUUGGUUCAGUUCCCUUUGAAUAUUUUCCAAUGUAUGUAACCAGAUGUGGUUAAUUUCACUAUUUUUAAUCUGGUUUCACAGUCAGAUCAGUCAUGAGGUAAUGAAUGCUGGUUACUAAGAUUCAUUCCAUCAUGAACAACAUAAUGUUAACUUGUUUGGAUCCAUGUUGAAUAUAUUAUUUUUUGGGACCAAUUGUAUAAGAAUCGUCAUUCCUGCAGGAGACUGUCUGCAAGUCUUAACAAUUUGAUUUUAUUUGAAUCUGCUUUAAAUAUGGAAUGUACGUCACUAGAAAACACUGCCCUUAUUUCAGGAGCAAAAUGCACCAAUAUCCAUUUCAACCAUACGUUACAUGAAUGUAUGAAACAUGUCCUCCUCAGCAGUAAAAUUGCAAAAUAUCUGUUCUUGCAACAGUUACUGCUUUCCUGGCAGCUCUGUAUGUCCUGGACUGCAAUUUCCAGGCCAAAAAUCUGUGUACCUUGGCCUUGAACAUAAUCAAUAACUCUGCCUCUCUCCAGAGUAGAGAAUUCCAAAGAUUCAUGAACAACUGCAUAACUCCUUAUUCUGAAACAAUGCCUCCUAAUUCUUGAUCCCUCAUUAAGGUAUACAUCCUCUCAGAAUCUUAUCACCACUUAGAGUCUUCUAAAUUCCAAUGCCACAAUCCGUUCAACCUCUCUUCAUAAGACGACAGCUGCAUCCCAGGCAUGAACUUAACAUAGUUUCAUUGACCUGUCACAACUGGAAAUAUAUUCUUCGUAAACAUAAAAAAGAAAAUCUGUAUGUUGUACUCCAGACGUCGGGCAUGUUACCCUUCCCCUCAUUUCCCCCCUGCUGUACUCCGAGUAGGCAGAGGUCAGUGAGAUGGGGGAGGGAGAGAUGGGCAAUGUCACAGGGUGGUUGGAAAGUUGUUUUGAUUUAAUCAUCAAAAAUCACAACAGCAGUGGGACCCGUUCAUCUCACAUCUGCUCAAGUAUCGGAAAAAGAAUUGUGCAUAAUAAGGAGACAAUGUUUGAGAAAGAAAUUCAGAAGACAGUAGAAUAAAUGGACAUCAGUGGAUCUCAGAAGAGUCAAGACCUGAAACAGAAAAGCUGAUGUGUCAAAUAUAAAUCAGUUUUCGUCACCUCUCUGUUGUGAAAUAUUUUGUUAGUGCCACCGAUGUCCAAAGUCAGAUGCAAAUAUAUACUACAAUUCACUCAGCAGCUUCAACAUGCCUUUCUUAAAAUGUAUGUUCUCGCCUUCAAAUGUGUGUCUAUAGCCGUGACCUGCCCUUAUAUAUUUUGCUCCAAAAUAUCCAUGUCAUGCCACUUUUGAUCAUUAAUUUUUUUAAUGGAAAGGUGAAAAUCCAUGCUCAGCUAUUGUAUAAUUGAAGUGCCUCAUGACAUGAGUGCAGAAAUUAAAGCUACAAAUAUUUAAGACAAACAACAGCACUCUUCAUAUUGUCAGUAUUGUUGAAAGAGCAUUUAGAACGUAAUGCUGGGAUUAGUAAAACAGGAACAUUUAUUUUGAAACCUGUUUGCAUUCAACAGCUAAAACCUUGCAACAUUUAUACGCCAACAUAAAUGUAUUUCGGGUGAGUUCUAAAUAUUCAGUAAGUUCUAAAUAUUGAUAUUUUUUGGUGUUAAACAUUUACUGGCGAUUAUCCAGUGUUGUUACUUUUCAACCUGACAGCGGUGAUCUAAAAUCAACAAUGGGAAUUUUAUCAGGCAUUGUAUGAAAGACUUGCCAAUAAUUUAAAAGUUGUAGAAUGGGAAAUCAAAGGUUGAUUAAAACAUUGUAUUAUAUUGUUAAAAGACAUGGUUAUCCCCUUCAUCAAAUGACUGUAAACCCGUGUUACCCACUCUUGAUGUAUUGUAAUUUUUCAGACACCUGCUCAGUUCAGGAAUGUGGGUUAGAGUUAUUUAUUAAAAUAAUCAAGAUUAAAUUAUAUAAUUAGUACUUACGUCUUGUGUAGAAACCAAUGGUUCCCAGCAUUUUUGAUUGUCAGUUGAAUUGACAAAUUUUGUGAGUGUAUUCUGUUAGAGUUGGUUCAUCCUACAGUAGCACUGCUUACUAUGACUAUCUACUCUUUGUUUCAUGUACAUUUCUUCUAAUUUUGAAGGAUUAUUCUGUAUGAAUUGCGUUGUCCCACCGGUGGUGGGAGUGGGAGAAGAUGGAAAGGAGACAGGCAAUUUUGAUUUCUCUUUCAACUGUUGAUUUCAGUUUCUGUCACUUUCCAAAGGUGGUUAGCCAUGAGGGGGAUGUGUAUUUGAAGAAAUCCCAAGGCAUUUGUAACCCCUGUUUGUACACAGCAAUGAGAAAUUAAAAACAAUCUAUCUAUA